AUGUCAUCUUCAAGUGCCUAUUCAUUACAAUUACCUUAUUUGGGUUCAAUACCAUUAGGAAAAUCUCCACCAAAUUUAACAUCAUUUCAAAAACCUUUACGAGAAUUAUAUAUACCCUAUUAUCGUCAACGACGUGAACGUUAUCAUGAUGAACGUCGUAUUAUUAUAUCUGAUCGUGAUAUAUUAAUAUUUGAACCUGAUGCAGCAUCGAAAGGAAAACGUUCAUUAAUUUAUUCAACAUUAGAAGCAAUUGUUGAUAUACAAGCAUUAGAAUUAUAUGUAAUGUUUAAUCAUAUCGAAAAUCAUCAACAUAAACGUAUACGCGCUGCUUUUUUACCAAUUGGUUGUGAACAUCAAGAACGUUUUCGUUCUCUUUAUUCUACGAUUGAUAAAUCUCAAUAUCAUUUAUUAUCAACACCAUCAUCAUCAUGUCAUCCACCACUUGUAUUAUUUGUUAUGAGAAAAACAGGUGCUGGUGGUACAUGUUCUCUACUUGAUUGUCAUGUAUUUGCUGUACGUCGUGAAUCGGUUGCAUUUGAAUUAUGCGAUAUGAUACGUAAAUUAGUUAUUAAACGAACCGUGAGUCCUGCAUUACCAACCUCGUCAGCAACACUACUACGUGUUCAUGAAAAUGAUAAAGAUACAACAAUUGAAAGACGAACAAAAUAUCUUGAUCGAGAUAGACCUAUUUCAGCUAUGGAACAUCAACAAGCAGAUAUUCAAACAGGAGCCGAUAGAAUGCAAUAUCGUUUAACAUCAAAUGGUCUUACGAAUCCUUUAUCAUCAUCGUCAUAUCAAUUAACUAAUAAUCAAGAUAUAUCACAAGUAUUACAUAUAGAUAAAGAUCCUCAUCGUAUGUCAUCUUCAUGUUCAACACCAAUACGUACACUAUCAACCAAACAAUCUCAACAACAACAACGUCAUUUUAUCAAAGCAUCAUCUUCAUCGUCAUCAUUAAUUAUUGAUGAAUCUGAUGAAGUUGUUAAUGAUCUUAUGAAUAUUGUUGUUGCAGAAAAACUUAAAACAAUCGAUACAAAUUCUUAUCAAGCUCCUAUAAAACGUCAUGCUUCAUUCGAUCAACCAUCAUUAUUAAAUGGUCAUAAUGAUCAUACAAUGAAUAAAAAACGUUAUCAAUUUCAUCAUAAUAAUAAAAAACGUUCAUUAGUAAUAAAUUCGAAUCCAUUACCGACAAUACUUUCAGCAAAUAAUACUCCUGUUAUUUCACGAACGACAACUAAUGUCGAACAACAGCCAACACCAUCGAUACUCGAAUGUCAUUUAUUACGACCACAAAUUGUACUAAAUCGUUAUGGUGAUAUUGGAAAUUAUGUUCCAAAAUUAUUACGUGAAAAUGUUCCAGCAGCAAUGCGUUCAUCUGAUAGUAAUGAAAAUAUAUUUUUUCGUGCAACAAAUGGACAUAUAUUAAAUGGUUUUCUUAAUUUGGAUUUUUCAUCAAAACCAAAUGGAAAUCAAAAUAAUAAUAAUAAUAAUAAUAAUAUUCAUUUGCAUUAUCGUUCAACACCUUGUUUAAAUGAAGAUAAUCAUGAUCGAAAUCUUUUAUCACAAGUUAAACAAUUACAAAAAAAUCAAACAAAAUCUUUUAUAAAUGAAAACGAUCAAACACUUCAUAUUGAAACUAUGGAUGAUGAUCAUCAUAUUCCAUCAUGUCAAAUACCUCGUGUUAUCUAUCAAUCUCAACAAAUAAAACCAAUUCCAGCUGCAAUGGGUGGAAUUAAAGUACUACCAUUUACACCAACAACUUCUUAUCCUUCUCAACGUUUAUUAAAAUCUUCUUGUUCAUCAUCAUCAGUAAAACCACGACGUGUUGCUUCAUUUACAGUUGCUGAUACAGAAUUACCCGUUGAUUAUAGACAAUAUUUACGUCAUACAGAUCAAGGAGUUCAUCUAUACGGAGAAGAACAACAACGUCAACAACAACAACAAUCAGCAACACUUGAACAUUCUCUCGGAUAUUUUCCUUAA